GGCAUCUGCACGGCUGCAGCCGUUGUACCGGUGACCGGAGCUGCGGAGGAGAGCUCAGUAUAGGGAGUGCGCGGUGUUGAUCGAUCGAUCUCCAUGGCGACGCUUCACCAGCACCACAUCAAGGCCCUGACGCCUACGUGGCUUCUCGUCAAGGCUACGCCGGCGCCGCCGAGGGACGGCGCCAAGAAGCCCGCGCCGACGGCUGACUACUCGCCGCUCCUCCUGUCCCCAUCGGUGUGGCAGAAGGCGCAGAACGGGAAGAAGAGGAAGGUCGACGGCCGUUGCGCCGGACGCGCUGGCGGCCUGCCGGCGUCGCCGAGGAUCAGCUGCAUGGGGCAGGUCAAGGGGGUGAGCAGGGGGUGCUCGAGCGCGCGCGGCCCGGCGUCGAGGGGUUCGGGGUACGGCGGCGGCGGCGGAGGCGGCAAGGUGGCGAGGCUCGUGCUCGGGCUGUUCGGGCGGCGGAGCCGGAGGACGUCGAGGGCGUGCUCCAAGGUCAGGGACGUGCCUCGUGGCUCGGCCUCGGCCUCGGCUUCCAGGAGUUCUCGUGGUGCUGGUGCCGGUGCGGCCGUGGCAGUGGGCAUCUUUGACCCGCCGCUGCCGGUGGUGAGGCGGCCAGUGACGGACGGCAACGCGCCAAGCCUUUGGGAGCGGCGGCGCGGUGGCAAGGCCCUGGAGGGUCUUCGGCUAACGUAGAAAAAUUUAUCGGUAACAAAAAUUUAUGGAAUGUUAGUGAUAAAUAGGUUUAUCUGAUUUAUUGAAAUUUUAUCGAUUUUGACAAAUUUUUAAAAAAACUGAAUUUAUCUAAAAAAUCACAUAGAUUAUAUCCAAACUAUUUGAUAUAAAAAAUAACACAUAAAUAAAUUAAGGUUUGAGGUGGUCUGUCAGACUAUAGUAUGCAUACCGAUAUUUUGUUACUCGCGUGUUAGAUCCGAGAAUCAAAGUCGUCUUAUCAAAAAUUUUAACCGAUAAGUAAAUUUAUCAGGCUCGUCGGAUUAUCGAAUUUAUCAAAUUUUUUCGACGACAAUUUUUUCAUAGCGUAGAGUGCUGCAGAGUUCAGCUGCGGUUGCUACAGGGGCACACCAAACAAAAGCUUUACACGACUAAGUAUAGUGACGAUAUGUUUCUAGAGCUCUAUUCAGGUUCUUGCGAGAUAAAACUGCUUACUGUAAAAAAUCGGUGAAAUCGCUGCGUUCCUGAUUGUACCUUAGCUAAUCUGUAAAUUCGUAUGUUGACCUGCUAUAAGAAGCAUGCCUGAAAGCUUCAUCGUUAUGUAUACGCAGUUAGUUCAUUUUGUA